GUUAGGUGGUGCAACGCAGCCUAAGCGUUUUUUAAUUCAGUACACCGUUGAACUACUAAAAUGACGGACGCGCGCGAAAUUUUCCUAAGAAACAUUUUACAAACGAUUGCUGUCGACCAAAAAUAUGAAGAUGCUGACAUAGAAACUUCAAUUAAACCCACAACCGGCUCCAACUUCACUUCUCGACUCUUCAAUGGGACUAUCAAAUCAAAAGGCAAAGAACCCAUCAACAUAUUCGCGAAAGUGGCUAUCAUCUCUGAAUUAUUCCGAGAACAAGUCAAAACUAGAAUCUUCGACAUCGAAAGGACAUUCUACACGAAGCUGGCAAAGUCGUACAGAGAUAUAGAAGAACGGCAUAAUGUUCCAGAAGAAUAUAGACUGGUCAUUCCCAAGUAUUACGGAGGCAACGACGCAUAUUUGAAAGAGGUAAUAGUGCUGCAGGAUUUGUAUAUAGACGGUUUUGAUACAUACGACAGGCUUAGGCCAAUUGACUGGGACUACGCGUCGAAAGCAGUUGAAGAACUAGCGAAGCUCCAUGCUUUAUCAAUAGCAUUUCAAAUUGAAUAUCCGGAUGACUACGAAGAAUAUUCCAAAGUGUUAAAAAGAGAAAAAAUGGAGGAAGACUCAAUCAUAGCAGUAACAAUGAAACAAAUGGUGAGCAAGACAAUCAAGAUGAUACGAGAGGAGAAUCGAGAGAAAGUGGAGAGAUUCUUCGACUCGUUCAGUAUGGAGGAGACCCAAAAGUUUUAUGAACCGCUGAAGAAGCCAGUUAUCGUGCACAGUGACUUCAAGCAGAGUAAUCUGAUGCAUAAGUUCGAUGAGGACGGCAAACUCCAGAUAGUGAUCGUAGACUACCAGUCCUUGCAUCCAGGAUCUGCUGCCAACGAUUUGCUGUAUUUCAUCUUUACGGGGUCAGACGGGGCGUUCCGAGCCAAGUACUUCGAUCGGCUUAUUGACCACUACUACGAGCAUAUGGCUGCUGCGUUACGGAGGCUGGACUUGGACCCUGAGGAGGCUUUUCCGAGGGAUAUCUUUGAUGAGGAGUUGAAAGAGAUGCUGCCCUUUGCCCUGAUGGUCUCCGGAAUGAUGCUGCCCAUGAUUUUCAAAGAUGAAGAACAGUUCGGCAAUGUAGACGGUGGCGUGCUGAAAAACGUUGAUGACUUCGAGGGCAUAGCGGAUCUAAUGACCAGGGCCAACCAUUUCGCUGUGCAGAGAUUAAAUGAGAUUGUGGAUGAUUACGUCAGAUGGGGGGUGUUAUAGUCAGACUGCCCCCUCCCCCUGAAUCAGAGUGCCCGUCCCUGGAUCAAACUAUCUCUCACCCUUGAUCAAUCUACCUCCUACCCUUGGAUCAAACUCCCUCCUCCUGGAUUAUACUGCCCUACACCAAAAUCAGAAUUCUCCUCACCCACUUAGGUCAGACUGCCACCUAAAACCCGGUCUCCGAGCACGUAGAAUUUUGUCCAAUGACCCCAAGCUACCCAUCCUUAUCGCUCGCGCGUAAUUAUAUUGCUGUCGCGACUGUGCGACGGGCGCCCGCAGUGAGUGUGCGAGCGCAACAGCAAUAUAAUUACGCGCGAGCGAUAAGGAUGGGUAGCUUGGGGUCAUUGGACA